AUCCGCCGCGCUAAACUGGAUUAACCGCAGCCCUACGUCACUGACAGCUAACGGAACCAGACAUCACGAAGGUCACAGUUCGCCUCCUAUCCCAUUAUUGCUCCUGGGAAGCACACAGCUGGGAAAUGGCUAAACGAAACUUUGUUCGCUGGUGGAGACGAGUUGCCCCAGCUUUCUUCUGUCCGCAGUCUCCUACAUCUAUUCUGACCCACCCAACUGACCCGAUUUGGAGAUAUGUUGUCUGCUUUAAACAAAACUACUACAUCUACAUUUCACCUCACCUUAUUGACAAAUUGCGGGCAUCGCCAUGUCCACCGCGAUGGCUAUUGAGCCCCGGCAGCAACCGGAUCGUACUGAGAGUCUUGCCUCUUCAGCCGCAACGCAUGUAGCUCGUCCCAGACCGUCAGGAUCAAUCUCUGACCAGGCUAGCCGUGGUGAUACACGCGCGUCCACGAACCCAUCUAGCUAUGUAAAGUCGUUCGACGUUCCCUCAGCGGAUCGAAAGUUGGCGUCAGCUGGCGCUGCUGCCAGCUUGGCACAUGCAGGAUACACGACUCGCGAGAUAAACAAGGUCGAGACUGAGCACCCUUUAAGGAACCCCCAGCUUACUUCCACAAGCUCCCAAGCUGCAUGCCAAGCAGUGAGAACAACACAAAAGAAGCCUACCAGCCAUGAGAAAGAGCCGCCCAGGAAAAAUGCAGGGGCAAGGCUCGCAGCGACCGGUGCAUUGUCUAAGAGUCGCAAGAGAGCAGUAUCAGCCCCGCCAGUGCCCAACGACAGCAGCCACUUAACCCACGCAGUGACCGCAGCUUCUACAUCCCACAAAAUGUCUUUCAGACCAGCAACGGUACCGGAGGAGACUCGGGCUGAGACUCCAUUGGACAUCGGAAAGGUUCAUGAAGCCGCUAUGGUAAAUGCCCGACGCGAUCUCCAACCCGAGGCCGAAGACAACAUACAUGAAAGGGCAGUGAUGAUGGCGCGGCAAAUGUUUUCAGCCAUGCCUCAAGUGGAGACCACCACGGCUUCCAUAAAUUCCCGCCGUCCGCUAUCUUUGCAUGAGACUGCCCAAAGAUUAGCUUCGGAGAAGUUAGACAUGAUGCAUGACGAACAAAAGGCCUUUAGAGAUUACUAUAGUGCUGCAAUCCCCCCACCAAAGCGCCACCGCUCGCUUCAUUCAAAAUUCGGGAAGCGUGCUACCAGCGAUAGCGGCGUGACAGACAUUGACAAUGAACAAUCUGAGGAGAUCCGAUCGCAAAUGACAAUUUUCCGUAGGAGAAUGGCCAGGGUUGAUGCUGAGAAAAUGGCCCGCGACCAUGAGGCUCUGAUGAAUGCCGCGACAAGGAAUGCAGAAGCUGUGAUAGAUGACGUUGAUAGGCGUAUUUAUGAAUCUACAGGAAGGCCGCAACCUCGUGUGACAGAGAAACUUAUAUCCCGUCCAGUUGAAAAUGCGAAUGUUGUCCCUAUUGGUGCAGGGCAGUUCGUCACCCAAAAGGAUGUUAGCCGUGUUACAAGAUCAAAGGCCAAGCCCACCAUCGAAGACGUCAUGAGACGACUUGAGGAACAGAGAGCUAGGGUGAUAGAGGAAGAGCUGGAUGAGCGGGAGGCACUUCGGCAGCGAGAGCUAGAGAAAGAAAGGGAGAAAGAAGCGAGGAAGUGCGUACAAGAAGUGAAAGAAGAGGAAAGGAAAAACGCCAAGACACAAAAGGAAUCAAAGAAGCUUUUGCGUCGCCUCAGCAAGUCCUCACGGGGCGGGUUAUUCCGACGCAAAUCCGCAAAGGCCCGUGGGAAGGUUCCGGCUAGAGAGGAGGAGGCCCCAGCCUCGGGUGCCCUGACUGAUCACCGAGCUCCGCAAGAUGAAGAAGAGGACGACUGGGUUCAAGUUCCAGAGAAACAAAGUCCCCCAAGAUCCCAGCCUACCACCUCCAGUGCGGGAGAAUCGUCCCAGUCCAUAUUUUUGGAACCGCCGCGUGAAAGUUUGUCCCGGCACGCAACUACCGCUUCCAACAAAACACAAUCUGGCGGUUCGGAAAAAUCCAGCUCGAGGUCGAAAUUGUGGUCUAGGAAGAAGCGAGAAAGUGCGGAGGGCGAGCCCAGUCCGCCCAGCAAGGCGGGCGAUGCCGGUCGUGCGUCAGGAAGCGAGAGUGAGAGGCGGAAAAGCGCACCCGCAACCGCUCCUACUGUAGCUCCCUUGGCCGCGCCUUCGGAUGGAACACAGGCUACAAACAACAGCCCUUCAUCCAUUUCAGCCAGGCCGGUCUGGAGCUCAUCUACAGAAAGCUCAAGAGUCAUUAGCGAGAGGAAGAAACAGCAGGAAGGAGGAGGAGGAGUCCUGAGAAGGCGGUCGAUGAAGACCAAAUGGCAUCUUCGUUUUUUCGUUAAAUUAGCGCGGAGGCCUCGUUUGGGAGCCGGUCCGGGUUCGUUUGAAGUGCAACGCGAACGUCCUGUUGUUCAAACUACCGCCCCGGCCCCACCAGCUGCUGCGAGUCUUAAUACUGGAUCAGAGGUCACGUCCGAGCCUCUUCAGACCAUACCGUCUCAGAAAUCAUCGACUGAUACCCCGACAAAUCCCUCUAAAUUCACGGAGAACCUGUGAUUUUCAACUUGGGCAUAUCACCGCGAAACAAAUAGUGCAACUAUUUAGCGUCCUAUCUCUUUCACACGCUCGCGCUAGGGGGGAGUUCGGUUUUAUAAUCUUUAUUUUGCCCUGUUCCUUUUUUUUUUUUUUUUUUUUUUUUUUUUUUGCAUUCCUUGCUCUCAAUUGUCCGGUAAAUAGCACGCCGAUAUCACUCAUCGAAUUUUGCAAAUGUUCGAGGCUUCCUUUUCGUCUUUUUUAUCUUUUUAUCUUUUUCCUGUUUCACCCACCCUUUGGUCUAUUCAGUGCCAUCUUCGAGGUUGAAACUGUUUUUCGACAACCCCAAUUGAGUGACCAGUGUGAAUUGCGAAGGGUUUCCGGCUUAUAUCGAGGCGUUGAGGCGCUACAGUUAUCGCUAGUUAUGUUGCUGCUUGAUUCGAAACAUUAAUAUGGAAGAAGGGAAACGGAAGUAUACCAUGUGGUAUGCCUAAUAAUAAUAUGGGUCAUGUUGGCGUUUUCAAGGUUUGGGAGUUACAAGGAACAAAAUUGGUGAUCUUCUGCUGGUUUCACUACUGAUGCUUUCCAUUUCUCGAUCUUUUACACCGGCGACUGCCCCGAUGAUGUUUUUAUGCUGAAGUUAGUGUUCAAUUUCGCUUGUUUCCGGCUUCUGACCAAAAUUAGCUGAGAGUUACGCUGGAUAAGGUUGCUAUUCCCCCCUUAAUAAAGUGCUAUAAAGUGGUGUCGCUAAUGUAAUAAUAAUCUAUUUACUAGUUAGGGGGGUAAUUCAUAAUUAAUAUAAUUUUUUUCAAAAACUAAUUGCAAUUGUUAUAUAG